AUGCGGAGUGAGGAGAGGACAGGAGCGCUGGGAGUACUGGGACUGGGAGGAACACACUGGACUACGGACCGGACCGGACCCGGGCAGGCGGACAUGGAUGGACAGAACGGCAGCAGCAGCAUCUGCUCCGCAAAGGAGGGCAAGAAGAAGAAGAAAAUCCCCGAUAGAGUGACUCUGAAGAAGGAGAUCGGGCUGCUGAGUGCCUGCACUAUCAUCAUAGGAAACAUCAUCGGCUCUGGGAUCUUCAUCUCUCCUAAGGGGGUCCUGGAGCACUCGGGGUCGGUGGGUUUGGCACUAGUGGUUUGGGUACUCGGAGGUUGCAUUGCUGCACUGGGAUCCCUCUGCUAUGCUGAACUGGGCGUCACCAUUCCCAAAUCUGGAGGAGACUACUCCUAUGUUACCGAGAUAUUUGGUGGUUUGAUGGGGUUUCUCCUCUUGUGGAGCGCCGUCCUCAUCAUGUACCCGACAACGCUCGCUGUCAUCGCUCUCACCUUCUCCAGCUACGUCCUGCAGCCCGUCUUCCCAAACUGUGUUCCUCCAUACAUGGCAACACGCAUGCUGUCUGCCACCUGUCUCUUGCUGCUGACGUGGGUGAACUGUUCCAGCGUUCGUAUGGCCACCAGGAUCCAGGACAUUUUCACCGUGGGGAAGCUGAUGGCUUUGGGCCUCAUCAUCGUAGUUGGCCUUGUGCAGAUCUGCAAUGGGCACUAUGAGGCACUGACUCCACACGUGGCCUUUUCACUCGACAGGACGCCAUCCGUAGGGCAGAUUGCUCUUGCCUUUCUACAGGCAUCAUUUGCCUUUAGCGGCUGGAACUUCCUCAACUAUGUCACAGAGGAAGUAGUUGAGCCGAGACGGAAUCUACCUCGUGCCAUCUACAUCUCCAUUCCAUUGGUGACCUUUGUGUACACGCUCACCAACAUCGCCUACUUCUCCUCUAUGUCACCUGAAGAGCUGCUGUCAUCCAAUGCUGUGGCUGUAACAUUUGGUGAGAAGCUGCUGGGCGUGUUCUCUGUCAUCAUGCCAAUCUCGGUGGCUCUCUCCACCUUUGGGGGUAUCAAUGGCUAUCUGUUCACCUCCUCCAGGUUGUGCUUCUCAGGAGCCAGAGAGGGACACCUGCCCAGUUUGCUGGCUAUGAUCCACUACAGGAACUGUACACCCAUCCCUGCCUUGCUCGUCUGCUGUGCUGCAACCAUUGUUAUUCUCUGCAUUGGAGAAACACACAACCUGAUCAACUAUGUCUCCUUCAUCAACUACCUGUCGUACGGCGUCACCAUUGCAGGUCUGCUCUACUACCGCUGGAAGAAACCUAACCUGUACCGACCAAUUAAGGUCAAUCUGCUAGUUCCUGUGUGCUACCUGAUGUUUUGGGCAUUGCUGCUGGGAUUCAGUCUUUACUCUGAGCCGGUUGUUUGUGGCGUCGGUCUGGUCAUCAUGCUUACUGGCGUACCUGUCUACUUCCUAGGUGUCCAUUGGAAAGAAAAACCAAAGUGCAUCUAUAACUUUAUCGAAAGGGCGACACAUGUGGGCCAGAGGUUGUGUUUUGUAGUCUUUCCUCAGAUUGACCCCAUCGAGAUUGCCAGUCCUUCAGAACGGACUGACCGGUCAUCAGGCAGGAGCAGUUUGUCUGCCAAUUCAUAAAACUCUUUUCUGACAUAUAUGAAGACCUUAGUUUUUCUUGUUUUUCUCCUGUCAUUAUGUAAGUCCAGAUGUUCCCACAAUGGGAACUUUCUGUCUGACCUUUGACCCUCAAGCGGAAUCUCCUGCUGUUCUGUGUGAACUGAUUGCACUUUUUAUUUGCAUCUCUUUUUUAAGUCAUCAAGUACAACAUAAUGCCAACAGUGACACACUGUGAAUGUGACCCAUAAUCACAUUUUGGACCCAUUUGUUUCUUAUUUUGUAUCAUGACAGAGCAGUGACUGACUGACAGUGCACAAUUCUUUUUUUCUGAAUGAUGCUGGUGUUUUAUUGUGCCUUAAGAUCUUUUCACACCAAGUCCAAAACCAAUUUAUACUCAUAAGUCUCGCAUUGGUUACUACUGGAGCAAAUUGCCAUGACAAUUUGUAUAGAUAUUCAUGUUAUCCAUGGAACGAAUUAUCACACGGACUUGCUUGAAUGACAAGUACACUUUUAUAGUCUGUGAAAUUUCACUCAGCAACACCAAAAUUUCCUGUUUGUCCAAUACUAUGCAUUAACUAAUUUUACCUUUGUGUUUAGUGCUUAGUAGAAAAUGCCAACAUGCUAUGCUAGGUUUGUGUGCUAGCUUGUUAGCAUGCUAUCUGAGCAUUUAACCUAAAACUCUGCUGAGCCAGUGUAGCUGUAAACUCCGAUCCUAGAUUAACAUUAAAAUGUAAAGCCUUUAGCCAACACAAUUUCCCAAGAGCUCAAAGUCUUUUACACAGUGAAUUCAAUAUAGAUAGGGAGGUUGAGUCAUUAAAGGUUGUAAGAUUAUAGAGCAUAAUCGAUAUCCACUGACUUUAUUUACAUUGCUGAGAUUUUGACUAAUGUAAAGUGUCCGUAUUGGUUGUAUUAAGCUGUCAUUGUGAUGAGCUUGAAGUUGAUAUGCACAGCAUUUAAGAUGAAAAUAUCAGUUACAUUAUAACAAUGUGACAUGAACACUGCAUUAACAUCAGCAACCCAGUAGAAGAUGGCAGCUGCUCAGACAUGGCUCUAAAUAAACAAUAAAUAUUUUAUAUUGGAACUUCUCACCUUUUUGUGUUCAUAAAUUGUAAUCAGUGAAUUUAUUUGGUAAACCUUUAUAAAUUUAUUUACUAAUGCUUCCACUCAAAGAGUCAUUAAGAGAAAAAUGAUUUUAUUCCAAUAUUAACCCUUAACUUUAUAAAUGGAUGAUCCUAAUGUCCUGUAGACCUUAUACAGAAAAUAAGAGGUGACAGUAGGGCUGUCCCUAUUGAAUUAAACCAUGCUGGAGCACAGAUUUUUUGUUUGUUUGUUUGUUUUUUCCAAUAUUGAAUUAGUAACUGCUUCAUAAACAAAAAACUGAACAAAAGCCAUAGUUUUAGUUUAGUAGUAUUACCGAGAAGAUAUCCAGUAGACAACUGUUAAGUUUCAGACUUGGCGUGAAAAGUUCUUUUGUGGCAAAAGUGUAUAUUCAAACGUUUAUUAACUGGUUAACUAUAGUACAUGUAAUAUAUUGUGUGAGUGCCUUUUGCUUUGCAUAUUGCCUGCGUUUAUUAGAGAAGUGCUUUGGUCUUCUGUUGUCUAUGUCCUGGCCAUUUAGUACAUACCACACAAACCAGAUGGUGCACAAAGCACCAUCCCAUCCAAGGGACCAAGGGGACCACCUGUUGCUAACAAAGUAGUUGUGUUCACUAUACAUGCUACUCUCAGCCAAACUCUGUGGUUUGGAGUUAAAUGAUUUAGACAUAGAAAUAUUUACAAAAUGAGAUUCUAAAAUUUGGUGUUAUGUUAUGUGUAUUAAGCCAUGUUUGAUCCUUCUUACAUUUCAGUUAUACUGCAUAUGUAUUUGCAGUUGUUCUUUAUGGCAACUGAAUCUAUUCUGCUGAUCAAGUAGGCCCUGCAAUGUUACAGUAAUGUUUCUGUAACUUCUGACCUCUUCUAACUUAUGUCUUCUGCCUGGUAAUUCUUUCAGCAUAUAAUGUUACUGCAGGUGUUAUCGCAUUAGUCACUUAGCAUUUUUAGACUAUUCAUCAAAGCAUUAUUUAUAUCUGUCCAAAAAUAAAAACAGAAAUAAAUGAGAUUCACUAUUUAGCAACAUACAAUACUUAGUAGAAGUCUGGUCCUUGCAUGUAAAAAUAAGCACAGGUAUGUUGGUCAUAUUUCAGUCAAAACACUUAACUUAGAAGUUUCUCCACUAUUCCGUAAAUCAGCCCUAACUCCUCUUUUUAAUUGAAAUAAACUAUAAAUCAGGCUUAGAAUUAUUAGUGUUGACUUGUGUAUCUUACAAACAUUAUUUGUAUUUCACUUGGUUCUGCUUGAAAUUAGCUGACUCUGACAAUAUUUAUGAAUUGUAAUAUUUUGUUCAGUACUCAAGUUAAGAUAGAUUUCAGUGGCAACAGCCACUUAUGUGGAUUACAACCAAACCCUUUGCAAAUUUUCUGUCCAUUAAAUUGACACUGCCUCAAUCUUUUGGCUUUGAUUUUUAGACUAAACAUGAAUGUGGCCAUUUUCAGGCAGCCAGGUCAUUCGGUGCUAGAAGUGCUUCAUAUAGCACUUGUGGGUAUAAUAAUCAAGCAUAGACCGAAUAUUAUUGUUACUCAUUCGAGACCGUCUGCUACAGUUUCUGUUUCUUGAAUGGUGUAAAUAUUUUUGUAACACUAAUCUUAUGUACAUCAGUCAAGAGGGAAUUUGUCAGUGAAAAAUAGAAUGAAACAUCAAAUCAAAAACCCAGCUGUAUUCCCUGUCACAUAAAUUGGGAAAACCACACUGUAGGAUCUGGAGCAGCUGGUGUCUUCAUCUGUCUCAGUUUGUCUUCAGAGACACUGUAAAUUUCUUGUAAAGCAUUCAGUGUUUACAAUGGAACCAUUACAUGGAAUGUUGUUUUGUAAAAAAAAUAAAAUAAAUAAA